AUGUCUCAACGCCGUGGCAUCGUCGAUUCCAUCCACGCUAAGGCCGGCGAGGUCGGAAAGGAAGACUUUGACAAGGCCAAAACUCUUGUUAAUGAUGCCGCGCGAAGUGGCUCAUACAUUUAUCCCAUCAAGGGUAUCGCCUACUUCAUCAGUCAUCGGGCACUAUGGAGACCGUUCUUGAGCAAGCUUGGGCCUACUCUCGCGCUCAGCGCUGGAGUCCUGGCAGGCAUGUUUGCAUUCACCUACCUGCCACAGCUCGCGGUGCUGGUCUUCGUGGAAGGGCCGCUUGCAGUCUUCUCGACCGUCCUACUUGUUCUCAAUGAGAGCUCCACACUUGUGUCGACCAUCUCAAAGACCUGGGUCCUCCAGGAGGCUCUCCUUGACACUUUCGACGGAACACUUGUAGCCAGAAACUCCACGGACCUGGUCAAGGGUGGCCGAGAGAUCAAAUCUGGCAGUGAUCCUAUUGCCAAGCUGGGCAAGAUUCUCAGGAGCCCUUUUGAGCGGUUCACUCCUAGUGCCCUGAUCAGAUACGUUAUGUAUCUACCCUUGAACUUCAUUCCUGUUGUGGGGACUAUCAUUUUUAUCACCUUGCAAGGACGAACACGUGGAAAGGGUGUCCAUGAUCGGUACUUCCAGCUGAAAGGCUGGAACAAAAGACAAAAGUCAGACUGGCUUCAGGAGCACGUUGGUCCGUAUACUGCCUUCGGUACUGUUGCUACUCUUCUUGAGAUGGUCCCCUUCGCCGGGAUUUUCUUCUCUUUCACCAAUGCAGUCGGGGCUGCCCUGUGGGCAGCGGACAUCGAAUCGAAGAGCACAUCCAUGACACGCACAACGGCACCGAGCCUGCGCGAGGCAGCUCGAGAGGCCGAGUAA